CGCCCACUGUCUGCAUAUAAGGAGAGGCCACGCCCACUCCGAGGGAGCGCCUCCUGCGAGGACAGGUUUCCGCGCCCCGCCCACCGGCUUCUCUUCACCGUUUCUCUCUCUCUGAGGGUGAAGACAUCUCCUUGUCUUCCGAAAAAUGAAGCCGCAGCAGCUGAGAGUUUCCCCGUGAUUGGCUGGUAUUUUCCUCCGACAAGAUCUGGCACCUGUUGCUGUAUAUUACGGCCGUGCCGAGUGAGGAGUGAGACGGGAGAGAGAGAGCGAGGCUGAUCCAGACGGCAAGCAGAAGGCGAGACGGCGGGACGUUAGCCCUAGCAAGAAGUCCAAGGAGGUGAGAUGGCCACAGGACCUUGCGAAAUAUUGGAGAGAGAUGAGGAAGGCACAGAAUCUUUAAAAGAGCUGCCAGCUCAGAAGGAGAGCAUUCAGAAACCACUGAAAGAGGACGGAAAAGCAGAUGCCAAGACAGCAGCAAGUAAAGAGGAGGUCAACGGCACCCCAAACGGCCUAGAGAAGGAAGACACCAACAAGCUUCACGUCAUCACGAAAGAUCUGGAUGAAUUCGUAGACAGCAUGAGUGAAGCCACCCCCGCAGCCCUGCCAGGAAGGUCAUUGGAGGCAGACAAGCACCCGGCCCCACAAAAGGCCCCAGAGAAACUGCCCCGGGCAGAGCAAGUAGCAGAGAAAGUACUGAGGGCCGAGAGAGCGCCAUGGGCGGAAAAGGUGCCCGGGACAGAGAAGACGCCGGAGAAACUGCCACGGGCAGAGAAGGCGCCGGAGAAAGCGCCCAGAGCUGAAAAGGUGUCCGAAAAGACGCUGCGGGCAGAGAAGCCAGCGGAGAAAGCCCGGCCGGCUGCUUCAUCGGCUCCAAGGACCAUCCCUGCCAAGAGAAAAGUAGCAGCUGGGCCUCCAAAGGACACGCUCCCCUGGGAGGGGCUGACCCUGAACAAGUGCAUCGUCAUUGCCUCCUUUCUUGCCCUCCUCAGCGUGGGAUGCCAGGUGGCCCAAGACCUCAUCGACUUGGGUGGGGAAGUUCUCCACGCAGAGCUAAGCGCGUGGACUGCACAAGAAGGCAGCGUCGGAGAAGUGGAGGAGCUCUGGUUCUAUGAGCGGUGGUUUCAGUGGACGGAUUUAGACGAGCCGCCAGAUGUGGAUGAAGAGGAGGAGGAGGAACCAAUAGAAAUAGAGGAGGAAGAGGAGGAAGAACCCACAACAGAAACAGAAGAGGAGGAAGAAGAAGAAGGAGAAGAACCGGCAGCCAAAGUAGAACCAAGGAAGAGCCGGGAGCGAGCAAAAAGAGAAAAGCCCUCUAAAGACAAGGCCCCCAGGGGUCGCAAGGUCCCUUUGCAUGAGGAGGAGGAGGAGGAGGAGGAGGAGGAAGAGAAGCACCAGGUUGGCAAGCACCGUCACCGGGAGAGUAAAGGGAAGGAAGCACGGCACCCCCGGGAGGAAGGGAAAGCCCGCCAACGUAAACACGAAGUGCCCCCCUCCAAAGAGCACAAGCGAGAGCGCCACCCGCAGGAAGACGGGAGAGGGCGCCACAAGGCGGAGCGCGACCGAGGGAAGGGCCGCCCCCUCAAGCACGAGCGGGACUCGAAGCCUCACCCGCACGAGGACAAGGACAGGAAGCCCAGGCCCGUGGUGCCACGGGCCUUCUUCAAGGAUGGCGCCCACCAGGCCAGGAAGCCCCGACUCCAGGAGGGGAAGCGGCACGACUGAGGAGCCACGCCCCUUGGCCAGCAGUGGCGAGUGGGGCUGCCCCAUACCUCUGGUCCUGUCCCCCACACCGGGCCACACCUCGAGAGUGUGGAGACUCUUGCCAAGCAGAAAGAGACAUGCACAGACACUCCCGCCUUCGAAGCCGUUUCAUGCCUGCUUGCUGCUUUGGAGACGGCACUCCCACCUAGACCCCCAAGCUCCUUUGGAUAAGCUUGUUUGGCAGUGUGUGUUUACAGGGGAGGGGGAGGGGGGGUGGCCCCUGCAGCCAACGUGGGACUCUUGCUCAGCUAGGAGGUCUGCCUUACCCCACUGCCCACUUGCCCUCUGGUCUCAAUUUGUUGCUCUUCCACACCUCGACUUCGUGGGGCACACGAGCCCUGCUCCAUCCCAGGGGUGUAGCUACCAUUGACCGGCUGGGUUCAAAGAACCCGGGCCGCCAGCUCCUGAGGGCCCCUCAGCUCCACCCCUCCCUCUUUCCUUCAUUAUCUCCCUCACUCUGAGGAGCCAUCAGAGAGAGGGGUGAACACGAGCCCCCUCUGUCCUCCUGCGAGUCCAUCCCACCCUAGGACAAGGGAAGCCUGUGGUGUCUGAAGCUGGCAGCAGAGGGCCAGGCCUUCGCACGAUCGAUGCACCGCUGCCGAAAGGAGGCCUCGGUCCUUGGUUCCAGAGGGGCCCGUGCGCACAGGGGCGUCCAGCGCUCACGGACAAACAGCCGGCACUCUCUCCCUCGAAGGGCCUGGCGUUUGAGGUGGUGUCGCCACAUCAGACACGAUGAGAGCUCAGUGCGUGGCGCUGAAUCCGGCUCAUUCGCACCUGGCACAACGGCCGCGCAUGUGUCGACAGACCUUUGGGUGCUUAAAGCCGCCUCUCUUCAGCCCAGCUUUUUAGCUGAUGUUUUUAGAUGCAGUUUAUUGGUUGUUUUAACUUUAAAUUUUAUACGUGUGUUGAAUGUGUUAAUUCUUCUGGUUUGUUUCGUUACUGUAAGCCGCCUAGAGAUUUUGGUAGUGGGCGGUAAUAUAUACAUAUGUUAGAUAAAUAAAUAAAGGAGCCAAGAACCGGGGAGAAAUCCUUUUGUUUGGUGAAAUCUUACUCCUUACCCUUCACUUGUCUGCAUUUCUUUUGAAUCUGGGUGGGGUUUUGUUUAUUUUUUAAGCACGACUCCUCUAACAGGAGUAAAGCAAGUUAGUAAACCCUGCUAACUUGGCAAAGAGGCACCUUUUAACAUGGUGAUUCUCUUUAUUUAGUAGGGGGAGAGAAACUGGCCCUCUCCAGCCCCAGCACAGAACUUCCAGUGACUCCUGCUGGUGUCUGUCUUGUGUUUGAUUUUAGAUUGUGAGCUCUUUGGGGACAGGGAGCCAUCUUAUUUAUGUAUUAUUUCUCUGUGUAAACCGCCCUGAGCCAUUUUUGGAAAGGUGGUAUAGAAAUCUUAUUUAUUUAUUAUUUCUCUGUGUUUCUCUGUAUUAUUUAUUAUUUCUCUGAGCCAUUUUUGGAAGGGUGGUAAAGAAAUCGAAUUAACAACAACAACAGGGAUUCCCAAAUGUUGUUGACUACAAAUCCCAGAAUCCCCAGCUGCAGCAACUUUUGCUUGGGGAUUAUGGGGAUUGUAGUCAACAACAUCUGGGAAUCCCUGCUCCCUUCCUACAUCUAUUUUUCAUCCCUUGUUUCGGAUAAUUUCUAGCCUUCCCACUUUCUGCCCUUUCUCAACUUGGAGAGGUUUACACUGUAUAGUUAUGAGACCGAAGCCAUUCAAAUUCAGAGCAACAAUUGCCUUGCAAUGGGGAAACCAUGACAAAAUUCAGAUUUGCAGAAUUCACACACAAGUGUCAAGAGCCCCGAUGUUGGCCAUGGUAUGCCAGGUUCUGACUUGGCUUUCUGAGGUGGGGAAAGGGGUCUCCAGGGCCUAAAACGCAGUUUCUGCCCCUCAAAAUUCAGAGGCUUUUUGCCUUCACAUUUUCUACCUUGUGCAAAUCAAAACCGCUUUGGGGCCACGAGAAAGCUGCUGCUGCAACUGAUUUCUUUUUAAGGCACAAAGACAACUCUUUUGUUAUUUUUUUUCUGUAAAGUUUGUGGGAGUUGUUGUUAUUGAGAUGACUGAGUCAAGAGAACUUUUCUUGCCCCAGGCAAAACGUAAGGGGUGAAGAUGAGUCAAAGCUCAAGGGUAGAGCUUGGCAUGCAGAAGGUCCCAGGUUUGAACUCUGGAGCUGGGGAAAAACCUUGUCUGAAGUCCCAGAAAGCAGCUGCCAGUUAGUGCAGACAAUACCAAGACAGAGGGAUCGAGGGUUAGACUUGGGCUGGCAGCUUCCUGUGUUCCUAAGAUAUUAUGAAUAUGGGCGCUUUCCAGAUUAGACCCUGCAACAGGGUCACAACGGAUCUCAGAAAUGUAAUUCCACACUUCCUCUGUUGUGACACCGCAGUCCCUAUGCGGACAGCAGAGUGCUGUUCACAUUGCCAAUGCCUUGUUUCGAAUUUAAUCGCUGUGAUAUAGAGCUCGAACGUCAUAUAUCCAGCAUAAAAGGGAGGGUGGGUUUUCACAAGACUGCUCCCCCUGCAGGUUUUAUGUUUUGAAUGCGAUUUGCCGGAACGAGGCAUUUAGCCGCUUUUGAGCAGCUUUUGAGCCACUUUUGAGCAGCUAAUCUGGAAAGCGCCAUGGAUGAUCAAAGGUUCUAGGUCCCUUCUAAGGAAUCCAGAUUUCAUGGCAAAUUCUCAUAUUCAUUUGUGGGCAUAAAUUUCUCCAGGCACUCAACCAUCACGGACCACAUGAUUCCUCUUGGUUCUUUAGGAAUUGCAGGGGGAACAGAAUGAGGAAGAACUUCACACCAGAAGGAGAGAGAGAGAGAAAGUAAUUGAAAAAAAUGUACAUGAUAUUUCUGUAUAAUAAAACGAGACAGAAAAUAACCUCCACUGUACAUUAAUUUGUUGUGUGUCCAUUUCACAUGAGAGCAUAGCAUACAAAAAGGAAACCGAGCAAAUUUUUAGUAAAAACAGAGCGCCCAGCAAGCCAACCUCAGCUGUCUGCUCAAAGGAUUUUCCACCCACUGCCAUGGCUUAGAUCUGUUUAUAAUGACUUGUAUAUUUAAAUAAACAUUUCUGAAACUUUGAA